AAACAUUGUUUUGUGGAUUUUAUAGAUGCCGAAUAAAAAGAUAGUACCAAUAAUUGGAAACGGUAGUGACUCAUCCUGUGUGAGUCAUCUAUGUUGACCGACAAGCAAGGGCGAGUUUAAAACCCCAUAGUUUCAAACGCAGUACGUCACGGAGAUGAGCUAGACUACUCUCAUCUUUCCCACAGGAGGCUCUGCCUCCCAACCCCUUUGUUCAGUCUAGCCGGUGGGUUGAGUCAGAGGGAGGCUGUGCUAGCCCAACAAACCCAUACCACUGUGGGAAACCCGUCAAGACCCAGGAGAGGCCGAAAACAUAUCUAAGGUUAUCUCUAGGAGUCCAAACCGAGACUGAUAGCGUGUUUAACCAGAGGCAGACAACAGAAAAGUUGGUAUUGAGUGUUGCUGAUGCUGCGUUUCAUUUCGGAAACCGUCAGGAGCUGUGUGCCAGUGGUCGGAUACUAAAACAACGAUACAUGUCGAUUAUCUUCUUGCUGCUGCUGCUUGAGCUAUAUCCAGAAAAAUAAUGAACCGGCAGGCUAACCACUGAACCGUCGCCGGUCUAUUGCUGCUGAUAGUGUGCAGUUGUUGCCAUCAUCCACUGAUCCACGCUGGCUCUCCUUUCAGUUUCUGCUCAGCAUCCAUAUUUGCAUCCCAGGGAGUGGCAACCACUAAUCCUCCUUAUUCAGGCAAGAAAUUGAAAGUUGGCCGGUUGUCGGACACCCCACGGACGCUUUAAUUUCACACAGGAAGCUAAACAUGGAGAGCGACAGCCACCACUCCCGCAUUUAGUGCCUGAUCCACAAGCCUUCAUCACCCAGGGAGGAGCUCUCAGGUCCCAGCCAUCUCUCCCUACCACUGUAGAAUGAAUAUGCUCAAGUCCAGUGGACUGAAAAUCCCUGGCCGUGGGCCCAAGCAUUCCAGCCCAGUGGGAAGGACCUCGGCGGGUGGAACGUCCAGCCCCGUUGUCCCUAAAGACAGCACCCCACUGAAGCCCACCACACCGACUAAAAUCUCUGAAGAGGGCGAUGAUGUACUGGGGGACUACACAGUGGGUGAACAGGUCUGGGUCAACGGCGUCAAACCAGGAGUUAUUGCCUACCUAGGGGAGACCCAGUUUGCCCCGGGACAGUGGGCAGGCGUGAUACUGAAUGACCUAGUUGGCAAAAACGAUGGUUCAGUGGGUGGCGUGCGCUACUUUGAGUGCCAGCCCCUCCAGGGCAUCUUCACGCGACCCUCCAAGCUCACCCGACAGCCGGUCGGCGAGGGGAGCGACAGCCACUCCACUGACUCGCUCUCUACCCAGAAUCAGACUCAGCAGGGUGGCAGCGGCGCCCCCCCUGGCCAGCGGGUGGUAGUGCCACUCAGAGAGGGCCUGCUCAACAGCGCUGUGAAAACAGGCAACGAGUCAGGGUCCAACAUGUCUGACAGCGGGUCAGUAAAGAAAGGUGGAGAUAAGGACCUACGAGUGGGAGAUCGAGUUCUGGUCGGAGGCUCAAAGAUGGGAGUCAUACGCUAUAUGGGAGAGACAGACUUCGCCAAGGGUGAAUGGUGUGGGGUUGAGCUAGAUGAACCCCUGGGGAAGAAUGAUGGAGCAGUAGCUGGUACAAGAUACUUUCAGUGUCUUCCCAAGUUUGGCCUGUUCGCUCCGAUCCACAAGGUGAUCCGCAUCGGCUUCCCCUCCACCAGCCCGGCCAAGGCUAAGAAGAGCAAGCGGGUGGCCAUGGGGGUUUCCUCUCUGGCCCACAGCCCCAGCAGCUCCUCCAUCAGUUCAGUCAGCUCGGUGGCCUCCUCCGUGGGUGGACGACCGAGCCGAGCUGGACUGCUGACAGAGACAUCAUCACGCUACGCCCGGAAGAUCUCUGGCACCACCGCGCUCCAGGAAGCCCUGAAGGAGAAGCAGCAGCACAUCGAGCAGCUGCUGGCAGAGAGGGACCUGGAGCGAGCCGAGAUGGCCAAGGCCACCAGCCACAUCUGCGAGGUGGAGAAGGAGCUGAGCGUCCUCAAGGCGCAGCACAUGCAGUAUGUAACAGAGAAUGAGAGCACGCUUCAGCAGGUCAAAGCCCUGCUGGCCAGCACACAGAAAGACAAACUAGAACUGGCCAAUCAGCUCGAAGAAGAGAAAAGGAAAGUGGAGGACCUCCAGUUCAGAGUAGAGGAGGAAUCCAUCACCAAAGGAGACCUGGAGACACAGACGAAAUUGGAACAUGCCCAUAUUCGUCAGCUUGAGCAGAGCCUGCUCCUCGAAAAGUCGAGAGCAGAGACACUUCAGAAAGAAUUAGAGAGGAGGAGGCAAACCACAGUUGAAGAGCAGAGUCGUAUCAUGCAGCUGGAGGAGGAGCUCACCCUCAGAAGAGCUGAGAUCAAGAACCUGCAGGCUCAACUCAAAGGCUCUGACCCGGGCUCGCAGCAGACCAACGACAGUGACGCAGGCCCCGGGUCCGACGCUGAGCCGGAGACCGUCCUCCUGCGCGAGCAGCUGCUGACAGUGGGUCGUGAGCACUACAAGGAGAGCAGCGAGCUGAAAGAGAAGUACGAGACGGCACUAGCAGCGAGCCAGCAGGAGAUAGACUCACUGAAGGCGGUGGUGGAUAAACAGAACCAGGAGAUCAAUGAGUCGAAGCAGAAAGUCCAACAGGCUACCAAGGAAAACAUGGAAAUGAUGGACACCUGGAAGGCUAAAUUUGACACUUUAGUGAGUGAUCACCAGCGAUCCUUAGAGGAGCUGAAGGCCUCAUUGAGUAGUGAUCAUGCUGCUCCAGAAGGCCAAGAGCAGGACACGCAGGAGCUGAGAGCCACUCUGGAGAGCCUGAAGAUGGAGCACCAGCUGGAGAUGGAGAAUCUCAAGGCCAAACAUAAGAUCGAAGCUGCGAUUCUGACCAAGGAACGCGAGGACCUCUGCACUCGUCUCCAGGAGGCCAAAGACCAGCUGGCCGAGGGCAACCAGACGACGAGGGCCGAGGUGGAGGCCAAGAGCGGCAAGCAGGCCCUGGAGGAGGCGACUGAUCAGCUACAGAAGGCGGAGCAGAGGCUGGCAGAGAUGGAGAAGCUUCAGAUGGAGAAGGAUAGAAGCACAGAGGAGCUGAGAGAGAGACUGGAGCUGUCCGAGAAGAAGAUGACGGACUACCAGGCCCUGCAGAAAGCCCAGGCAGAGAGCCGGGAGGAGAUCCAGAAACUGGAAGAGAAGCUGAGGGUGACGGCAAACCAGCUCCAGGCCAUCCAGGCAGACCGCUACACGUCCCAUGAUGCAAAUGUGAUAGAGGAUAAUGAAAUCUCAGAUGAGAAGAUGAAGCUAAAACAGAAUAUUGAAGAAACAAUGGAGAAGUUGUUGAAAAGGGAAAAAGAGGUCUCUACUCUCACAUCCCAGGUCGAGGCCCUCAAAUCACAGAUCGGAGCACUGGAGGGCAAAGUUCGGUCAGAGAAGAAAGCCGAGGCCCUGGCCAAGGACAAGAUGCGCGUUGAGGCAGAGCUGGAGUCCAUGACCAAGAAGUCCCAUGAUGCCUCUGGGCAGCUGGUCAGCAUCAGCCAGGAGCUACUGAAGAAAGAGAGGAGUCUGAAUGAACUGAGGGUGUUGCUCCUGGAAUCACAUCGCCACUCACGGGAUAUGGAGAAAGACCUGAACCGAGAAGUGCACAAGGCCGAGUGGAAGGUGAAGGAGCAGAAACUCCAGGACGACAUCAAGACCCUGCGAGAAAAACUGCUCCUACUGGGUCGGGAACGGUCCUCACCUGACCACCGGCGCUACUCUAUGCUGGAUCCCUCGGCUCUGGACUCGGAGGUGAACCGCCUGCGCCAGCGGCUGCUCAGCACAGAGGAGGCCCUGAGGAACGCCCUGGAACACAACCAGCAAGUCGACCAGCUGGUUCAAGCCAUGCGCAGGCAUCCAGAUAAAAGCCCGGUGCAUGGAGCAAAUUCAGCCAAUGGAAUUCAUCAUCAGGAGUCAGACAGUACUCAAGAUGAACAACACUGAUAGAAGCAGAAGAGCUGAACUGAGACGUGCCGAGGUACAUCUUAGAAGGAAAAGCUCGUCCGACAUUUCUCCUGAUCCCACGACAGACACCUGAAGAACAUUUCAGUUUACAGUUAAAAACCAAAACAGCGAAUCUCUAUCUCCAGUGAAUUUAUGUGUUGUUGCAGAAAGCACCUAUUAGCCAAUCAUGAAGACCGCUUAAAGUACUAUAAAAUAUAAUCAGGAAAUGGGACAUGGACAUGAAGAGAUUAUCGGUACAACUGCUGAUAACAUACAGUAUGGCAACUUUUGAUGCUUUACAGUAGUUAGAAAGUUUGAAUCCACAAGUUGCCAGGAACUCUUUGACAAUUCAGAAUUUUGAUCCAGAGAGCAAAACAGCUGAUGGACAACGAUGUGAAGGACUAAAGAACUGGGUCUCAGUUGCUUUGUUUUAUUUAUUACUUUUACUUUUGCUCCUCCGCUUUGUAAUAAUCAUCUGUACUGUAGGUGAGCUGUCUUGGCCAGUGACACACAGAGCAACUCUUGAAGGAUGACGCUGACAGCACUGAGGGAGUUUGACCAAUGUGUCACCUUUCUCUAAACCUGAUGAGAGGACUGGUAGCACAUUCACCACGGUUAGCCCCUUCUCCAGUGUUCACACUCAUGCUUCAGUGCUCAUUUGUGGCUGAUCAGCAUCCUUGGAAGUAUUAAAAACUAAUACUCCAACCUAAUAUCUGUCGGUUGAAUAUAAAACAACAUGAUCUCCUCUCUCCGUCCAUGUGCUGAGUGUGCUGCAAACACUAGCUCUUUGCCAAAAUAUGACUAAAUACAUUGAUCUUCAAGUACAUCCUCUUUUGAUACACUGAAGGACAGUUUUUAAGCAGUCCGUAAUUUGUUUUUCAUGGUUUUUUGUGGCCUUGGCCUUUUUUUCUUUUUUGAAGUCGGUUACAAAAAGUGCAACAACCCUGUGCUGUCGGCAACUCCUUGAAAUAUCCCGAAUAAAAGUCUUCAUUAAGUAACUGAUCACGGACAAGGUGUCAUGAUAUUAAAAUAAAAAGGUGGAGAAAGUGAAAGGAUGGUACAAAACAGUGUUAAUCCCUCUGCCAUCCUCUAAGAGCAUCACAUUUAGAACAGCACUUAAACUGCUGACUGGAAAAUACAUGAAUCAGCCAUUCAGCCUUAGAGCAGAUAUCAUUUCUAUGUGCUUCAUCAACAAUUAAUUACUUACUGUAUUCUAGAUCAUCCAGAGAUGCAUCAGGACAGAGUUGUCUGUUACAGGACUGACCGUGAUGAUCUCAGUACCACUCCUCUCUUCAGGUGUUGGCUAAGGUGGCUGUACUGGGCCAAGCUCCCUGAAAAGUAGUCGUUUUUAGCCGUUGCACAUCAGCGGACUCCCUGCUGGGACUGAAGAGUGACAUUAACGAACGUGGGAGGCCUGCUGAAUUCAGCUCUGAGUGAUGUUACAGUAUGCUUAUAGAAUGAAUAUAGUGAAUUAUUCCAGACUUUUUUGUUCACUAAAUCUCUGUCUGACCCUGUUCCAGUACACCUCUUACUCUGUCAGUAAUGGUCAGCUAUUUCAUUUACUGUGGACUAUGUAUCAAUACAGACUCCAUCCGUGCAUUAGUAUUAAUUAACUAUAUACACAGUACGACGUAACGGCCCUAUUUGAUGAAUCAGAAUGACCCUGGAUUUCUUUACUGACCUUUUGUUAAGUCUGCUUGAAGGGCUGUCACAGGAGCUAAACCCCAAACAAUGGAUUUAAGAUGUUCCACUCAUCCUUCCCCAGGACAACAUCUGGAUUUCAUUUACAAAAAUGUUAUUGACAUAUAUAGAAUUUAUACUGUAAGUCUUCCAAAUCUUGUUUUAUCCAUCUGUCGACUGAACAAAAAGAUCCUGUUUGUAGCUGGAGGUGAGUGGUGUACAAAGCUUGGAGUAGUGUCUCCUGAGCAAAAUAUGCAGGGCAGGCACUGGUCAGCUCAGACAAAAACCUAAAUUUUCCAUUGGAUAUUGUACAUGGCCUUUUUAGCUGGAGGGUUCAUACCCUUUGGAUUAUUGCUGCAAUGGUUUCGGAGAUUGAGUCAUUAAAUAUUAACAAUGUGG